AGUAUAGCACAAACAAGAUUGGUCGAAGAAAGAAAAGCUUGGAGAAAAGAUCACCCACCAGGUUUCUAUGCUAGACCAGAAACAAAUGCAGAUGAAUCAUUAAAUCUAUUUAAAUGGAAAUGUGGUAUUCCAGGUAAACCUGGUACACCAUGGGAAGGCGGUUUAUAUACAGUAUAUUUACACUUUAAAGAAGAUUACCCACUAAAAGCACCACUUUGUUUUUUCGAUAAAGGGUUCUUUCACAUAAAUGUUUUUGAUAAUGGCCAAAUUUGCCUAAGUAUUAUUGGUGAUGAUUGGAAACCUUCAAUUUCAAUUAAAAAUAUUUUGACAGGUAUUUAUGAUUUACUAGAAUCCCCAAACCCCGAUAGUGCCGCUAAUAGUGAAGCUAUAAAUCUUUGGAGAAAAAAUAAAACCACUUACACAAAUAAAAUAAAACAACAAGCUAUAAAAUAUGACGCUGAAAAACAAAUUGAAUAAUCAGCCAUUUCAAACCUAUCACUCCCAACACAACAAACAAACUUUACAUAUACAAAACAUCAC